AUGGUAUCAUUGACGGCCUCGUCGCCGCCCUUCCGCGGCCCUGUCGCCGCCCUUUCAGCGGCCCUGUCGCCGCCCUUCUACGGCCCCGUUGCUGCCCUUUCAGCAGCUCCGUCGCCGCCCUUCAGCGGCCCCGUCGCCGCCUUUCAGCGGCCCCGUCGCCGCCCUUCCGCGGCCCUGUUGCCGCCCUUUCAGCGGCCCCGUCGCCGCCCCUACCUGCGGCCCCGUCGCCGCCCUUCAGCGGCCCCGUCGCCGCCCUUCCGCGGCCCCGUCACCGCCCUUUCAGCGGCCCCGUCGCCGCCCUUCAGCGGCCCCGCCGAGCCGCCUUUGCUGCCGAGCUGCCGAGCCGCUGAGCCGCCGAGCCACCGAGCCGCUGAGCCGCCGAGCCACCUGUGCUGCCGAGCCGCCGAGCCGCCGAGCCGCCUUUGCCGCCGAGCCGCCUUUGCUGCCGAGCCGCCGAGCCGCACUGCAGCCAAGGCGCCGCCGCCUGUGGGCCUGCCCGGGUCCGCCUCACUUACCUGGAAAGAGCAGCGCCUCUACCACUGCACUGCCCUGCCCCACUGUACUCACUGCCUGUCUACUACUGUCAUGGCCUCCCCUAGUGUUCUCACCUUUGACGCUGAGGGUCGGGCAGUUGACUUUGAGGUCUGGGUAGAUGAUCUGCAGCUUUUCCUACAGUGCGAUAGGGCAGACGGUCUCUCCCUGUUUCACCUCACUUCUGGUGCCUCUCCUGCCCCUGCUGCUGAUGCUGACGCCACUGUUCGCUCACAGUGGGCCACGCGCGAUGCUGCUGCUCGCCUUGCUGUGCGCCGCCACCUACCGACCACUGAGCGUGCACACUUUAGCCAGUACAAGAGUGCUCAGACCUUGUACGACGCUGUAGUUGCACGCUACUCUUCCCCUGCCACUGCUGCACUGAGCCGCCUCAUGCUACCGUACCUCUUCCCUGACCUUGCUGCCUUUUCCACAGUUGCUGACCUCAUUACCCACCUCCGCACUAGUGACACUCGCUACGGCGCUACGCUUCCUGCUGAGUUCUGUGCCAAGAACCUCCCCCCCAUGUACAUCACUCUCUACUACAUAGUCACCCGGCUCCCUGACUCUCUCCGCGUAGUCAGGGACCACUUCCUCUCAGUUUGCCCCACCACUUUCACUGUUGACCUCCUCGAGAAGGCCCCCCUAGCAGCAGGGAAGAGUAUAGUCGCUGUAGGAGCCUCUCGUGGUGACCCUCGCACCCCCGUCUUUGAGGGGUGUUCUCCCUCUCCCCUCUUGCCCUCUGUUGCCUCUGCUGCUGCGGUUGACCUCGUUGGUUUCGAGUCGGUCGGCGCUGCGUCUGCCCCGAGCGGGAGACGCCGCACCGGCAAGGGCAAGGGGGGCAAGGGCGCUGGAGGGGCUGGCGAGGGCAGUGGAGGUGGUGGUGGAGGCAGUGGAGGGAGUGGGGGUGGUGGUGGGAGUGGUGUCGGGGGUGGCGGCGGCGGCGGCAGCUAUGGAGGCGGCGGAGGCGGCGGUGGUGGCGGAGGGAGCGGAAGCGGCGGAGGUGGCGGAGGAGGCGGAGGUGGAGGAGGCGGCGGAGGCGGCGGCGGCGGAGGUGGCGGUGGUGGAGCGGGUCGCGACUCUGUGCAGAGGAGUGGCUCAGGUGGUGGUCCGCGCCAGCAGCAGCGGAGUGGUGUGACCCUGUCCCCUCAGCAGCUUCGUGAGUGGUACACUGCGCGCCAGCGCGGUGGGGGUUUUGGUCCCUGCACUUACGUCCUCCGUACCGGUGACCGAGCUGGUGAGCAGUGCGGGGGCCCGCACUCCACCCAGCUCUGCUUCGGUCGCCUUAUGGACGCGUGGCGUCGCCAGUUCCCUGAGGCGUCAGAGAUCCCUCGCUGGGGAGAUCUGUCUAGGGCGGGGGUUGCCGUCUUUGAUCUUGACUAUGAUGCUAUCCUUGGUGCCAUGUAUUCUGUGACUACUAGUGUUGAGGGUGACUGUUACCUGUGUGUUCCGCCUGACCCGGGCAUUGAGGCCACUGCUAUGUAUUGCUUGUGUCGGUGUAUCUGCUGCCGCUCCAUGUAG